CCCGAUGCCGGCAUCCUCCCGGCCGGCCCUAUCCGCGGCCUCCUUUAGGGGGCACCUCUCCUCCAGGAAUGAGCCGCCGGCCGCCCUGCCCGGCCCGCGGCCGCGCACCGCGGGCACCCGUGGCGGAGCCGUCGCCGUCGGAGCGGGCCCUGCGCGCUCCGGCUGCCCCCGGCGCGGCCCCUCCCUCCAUCCCGUGCCCGUCUCCCCCGUCCUCCCUCUCACUCCUCCAGCCAGUAAAUCCGAUCUAGGCUGAUUCCUCUCACGUCAAACCACAUGAUCCCAUAAAACAUUCAUCGCCUCUCCAUCCCUGCGCCCCGCUCGCUCGCUCCCGGGAUACAGUGCAGCAGGCUCCGCGCUCCCCGCCGCCGCCGGCUCUGCCUCCGCGGGAUCCGCCGCAGCCCCAGCCCCGUGCGUGCGGCGGGCGGGAGGGAGGACGGAGGGAGGAGGCAGGCAGGCAGGCAGGCAGGCAGGGAGGGAGGGAGGGGGAGCCUCGCCUGGAUGCUGACUCCAGCUCGGGGGCUGCUCAUUCCCCCGAUGAGCGAGGGCAGCGGCACAGGGAGAGCCCCCUCCCCGCGCGCCGCCGCUCCGCGCUCGGGCUGAAGUUUUGCACGAGGAUCUGCCCCGCUCUCGCAAGGAUUGUACCGGCUGCCGCUCGACUUUGCGCCUCCAGACGUGCCUUCCCCGACCCCUAAGAUGAAGAGGGCGAUAGCUGAAGGAAGCAAACUGCUGAUUUUGGUGCUUUGCUUGAACAUCCAGUCAGAAGUGGAGUCUUGCCCUGGGGCGUGUGUAUGCUACAGCGAACCGAAGAUUACAAUAAGUUGUCAGCAGCAAGGACUGACAGCAAUCCCCACAGAGAUACCCAUCCAGAGCCAGCGCAUCUUCUUGCACAACAACAAGAUAACCCUUGUGAGGUCCACCAGCUUCACCUCCUGUCGCAACAUGACGAUUCUUUGGAUCCACUCUAACAACAUCAGCCUCAUUGAGCCUGGAGCCUUCUAUGGACUCAACAAACUGGAGGAGUUAGAUCUCAGUGACAACACAAACCUGAAGUCUAUCAAUCCUGUCACAUUCCGUGGUCUUGUUCACCUCCACACUUUACAUCUGGAUCGAUGUGGGCUCAUGGAGCUCUCCACAGGGCUUUUUCGGGGAUUGUUUUCCUUGCAAUAUCUCUACCUUCAGGAUAAUAAUCUGCAGAGCCUGCUGGAUGACACUUUCAUAGAUCUCGCAAACCUCACCUACCUGUUUUUGCAUGGUAACAAAAUCAAGAGCUUGUCAGAGAACGUCUUUCGUGGGCUAAUCAACCUUGACCGUCUGCUUCUGCACCAGAACAGAGUCAGCCUGGUUCACCGCCGGUCUUUUCAUGACCUUGGGAAAGUGAUGACCUUAUAUCUAUUUAACAACAACCUGACCGUGCUCACAGGGGAAACCAUGGCUCCUCUGGUGUCCCUCCAGUACCUGCGCUUAAAUGGCAACCAGUGGAUCUGCGACUGCCAGGCUCGAUCCCUCUGGAAUUGGUUUAGGCAGUUUAAAGGAUCAUCUUCGGAGCUAGAAUGCCACCUUCCCCCCCGUCUGGCAGGGAGAGACCUCAAAAGGCUGCAGAGCUCUGAUUUGGAAGGAUGCGUCGACUCUUUCAACCAGAUUCGAACAAGUGUUUUUAGCACUAAGACCAGGUCUGGUAAACUGCCCACUGGGAACCCCCCUCUCGGCUCCCAUGAUGGCUCUGUGAAGUGCUGCCAGCCAGAAAUGGAUAAAUCUUUUAUAUAUGAAGCUAAAGGCAAGGCAGGUCCUUCUUCCCACAGCAGCCGGCCAUCCUCCAACAACCCUCUCAAGGAUAAAGAGAAUAUGUCCAAAACCAAGUACAUUGAGACAGACCGUUCCAAAAAUAGCAGCAACAAGCACAUAAAUGAUUCCCCUUUUGGGACCUUCCCCAGCAUUGUAGACCCUCCAAUGACCAAGUUGAAACCGGAGUUUCUAGAGCCUAUUGAACCUUCUACAGUCCCAACCAAAAAGAGGCAGGGCUGCUCUAAAAAGAACAAAUCAAAGGCCCAGUGCCGCCUCACCCAGCAAGGAAACAGCUCCACGUUACAGUUCAGCCUAAGCCUUUUGAUCCCUCCCUUGGUGUGGAGCUUACUGUUAUUCUGCUAAAAUUAACUCUUUUCCUGGGUUGAUGACACUUUAAUACAAGACUUUUGCUGACCUCCAUAAAUGUUACAAACAAAAGCAAACUACCAUCCACCCUGAGAAAGCUUUGUUACACAAAAGUUAACUGGAUGCCUUUAUAAAAAAAACAAACAAACAAACAAAAAAUCAAAACAAAACAAAAACAAAAGACAGACACUGAGAUGUACAUAAUUUAUUUGUCCUGAAACCUGUGAAUUAUACCUUUGAUCUUCGGAACUGCACUUGCCCACAAAGCAGCUUUUGCUACAGCAGAUGAUAAAGAAAUAUGGUUUAUUUACAGGAAAAAAAAAAAAUGUGUAAGAAACGCUCUGAAAAGAAUGUCUAAAAUUUGUUUGUAACUUGACAUCACACUGAACAAUAUUGCAGGUUCCCAUUUGCAGAGGUAAUGAAUUUGAUGCUGUUUUAAUCCUAUGUUUAUGAAUAUUGCAGUUUUUCCGUAUUCAUUCCAUCACACCAUGUUUACGGGCAGCAUUUGUUAAAGAAUGCUACCUUUUCCUUCACAAGAUUGCAGUAUAUAUAGAUAUGCAUUUUAUUUUACUUGUGUACAAGUAUACAAAAAAUAUAAAAUAAAGAUUUCUUUUUCCUAA